AUGGAUUUCAGCUACGUGCGCGAUUAUAUGUCUCAGCAUGGAGGCUGGGACUUUGCUAAUUGCGCACGCAACGCGCGCAUCCAGGACUCGGUGAAGGGUUUCAAGGUGCUCAAAACUGGUACCACCAUUUGCGGCGUGUUGGUGAAGGAAGGCGUCGUCCUUGCGGCCGAUACCCGUGCUACUGCCGGUCCCAUAGUUGCGGACAAGAAUUGUUCGAAGCUCCACCGUAUAUCGGACUCAAUCUACUGCGCCGGUGCGGGCACGGCGGCCGACCUGGAACACACAACUCUGUGGCUGGAAAACAACAUUGAGUUGAUGCGUUUGAACUUGAAGCAGCGGCCUAAGGUGCAGAUGUGCGUGUCGAUGUUAGUGCACGAGCUGUUUAAGUACCAGGGAUACAAGCAAUGUGCCCUCAUUUUGGGUGGAUACGACGCCCUGGGUCCUCAUCUUUUCAGCAUUUCGCCUCGCGGUUCGUCUGAUUCAUUGCCGUUUUGCACCAUGGGUUCUGGUUCACUGAAUGCCAUGAGUGUGCUUGAAGAAGGCUAUCGCGACGGCAUGACGAUUGCUGAGGCAGUCGCUCUGGCUACCAAGGCCAUAAGCGCUGGUAUUUUGAACGACCUGGGAUCAGGUGGCAAUGUUGAUGUGUGCGUUAUUGACAGACAUGGCGCUAAACACACGCGUGCCCAUGCCGUGGUUGGUUCCCGCACGUAUGCUCCUGUUCCUCGAUCCAUUCCUUUGGGUGCAACGGCCGUGCUCCGGGAGAAAAUCUUGAGAAUAAAGGAUCAAAUCAUCGUAGAAGACAUCGAAGUAGACUAG